GUUCGCACGUCUUCUCCGAGAACAUCCUGCUACACCAGGAUCACGAUCUAAAAACUCGUUCAUCGAUUAACACAUCAAUUAUUUUCCGUUCGUUAUCGCGCAAUUUGAAUUUCAUUUCAAAUGCCCAAAACAAAUCUGGUUGAGAAAGAAUCGGAGUUGAAAUAAUUCAAAAAAUAUUUACACAGUAAAAAAUUUAAUGUAGUAAAUAUAUAUUUUGAGUUGUAAGUAACAUUAAAGUGUGUAACGCGUUAAUCAUUCUUUCAACAUUUAAAAUUAUUUUGCAGUAGCAUUUAUUUUUGAACAUGUUACUUGAUUGAAAAUAUUUUUAAACUCUCGUAGAAUAUUAUCUAUAUUGAGUGCGUUCUAUUUCACGACCUCGAUAACGAGUCUUAAACUUCAUACUUUUCGUCGCUCAAAGAGUUCUGAAGAAUGAAGGCACUUUUGCCGGCGAGUCUGACUAGUGCGAGCUUGAACUACUGACGCCGGAUAAACGUCGAUAACGUACGCCGCACGUCGUUUUCCACUUUCUAACUCAGCCAAACACUAAAACGAAGAUGCAGAGACAACGCGCGAAAAUAGACUAUUAGAGGGAAAAAUGGACGGUCUGAAUGUCAACGGCAACAACACCCGAGAAUACUGUAAUAUUCAAUACAAACACUUUGUGGCGCCGCACGGAGAACUCUGGUGCAGCCCGGUAUGGGAUUCUUAUCUCUGUUGGCCGCCAACAAAAGCCUCUACUUUUGCGAAACUCCGAUGUCCUUUUGUGGAUGGAUUCGAUACAACAAAAUCUGUAGCAAAGAAAUGCGGUUACAAUGGUCGCUGGGAAUCGCAGAAUGGCACAAGCACGAACGAGGAUUCGCUCACCGGCUGGGCAAACUAUACCACUUGUUUAACACCGGAAAUGCUGUGGCUUCACUAUAGGGUUUACAACAAUAAUCUCGAAGGCGAAAUGAAGAUGGAAAUCGCCGAGAAGACUCGUACUUUGGAAUUUGUCGGUCUCAGUAUCUCUCUGGUGGCUCUGCUCGCUUCGUUGGUGAUUUUCUGUCGAUUUAGAUCGUUGCGUAAUACACGAACCAGAAUCCACAAGAAUCUGUUCGUUGCCAUGAUCGUGCAGGUGCUGAUCAGGCUGAUGUUAUACAUAGACAUCGCGAUCUUCCGGAGAAAGUCGCACAGCAUGCAACGAGGAAUAGGAAAUACCCCGGUGCUUUGCGAAGCUAGUUACGUGCUGCUGGAGUACGUCAAAACCGCGAUGUUCAUGUGGAUGUUUAUAGAAGGUCUCUUUCUGCAUAACAUGGUGACAGUGACGGUCUUUCAAGAGACGUCUUACUAUCGGAUAUAUCGACUCGUUGGAUGGGGAUGUCCCGUGCUGAUGACUUUGAUCUGGGCCGUUGUUAUGGCGUUUUAUUAUCAUCCGAAAUCAAAAUUAUUCAGAUGCUGGUCAGGAUACAAUUUGUCGUCCUACUUUUGGAUCCUCGAGGGACCAAGAUUCGCGGUGAUAUUGCUCAAUUUUUUGUUUCUUCUGAACAUCAUAAGAGUGCUCGUGAUGAAGUUGCGGCAGAGUCAUACAAGCGAGAUUAAACAAGUUAUAAAAGCUGUGAGAGCAGCCGUGGUUCUUUUGCCUUUACUGGGUAUAACGAACGUGCUGUUUAUGAUCGACGCCCCGUUGGAUAACGUAAAGAAAUUCGCCGUAUGGUCGUAUACCACGCACUUCUUGCGAUCAUUUCAGGGUCUUUUCAUCGCAACUCUAUAUUGCUUUCUUAAUGGCGAGGUAAGACUCGCUCUAGACAAGACUAUUGCUGUUUAUCUUUCUCUGAGAGGAGCCGACUUGCAGACCAGAAGACAGUCGGCUUUCAGCGGAUGUCAGCCUCAUCGAAUAACUUCGGUAAUCGAGCUAGAGAAGGAAGAGACAAGAUCUACCGGAUUGGUCAAACUCUGCUGUCGUGGCGGAAAUACACCAUCACCGGAUCGCCCUGUCGAAACACAAGGACAGAGAGAUGGGAAGAUUGAAUGCGCAUUUCCUCGAGAACAGCUGUCUGACCGUAGCAAUCAUGUGAAUUCUUCAACGUCCGACAACCAGUUACAAACUAAGAUAAUUCCUUGGAUAGUGAAGCUGCCAAUGUCACAUUCCUCGGAUUUCCGAUCAAAGGAAACGGCUUUUCACUCGCAAGUUGAUACCGCAGGCAUCACGUCGCAGUGAUGGGAACAGAAUUUUUUUGCGUAGGUUUUUGUCGCUUUAAGCUUAUUCGAAAACAGAUUCUUCUGUUUCUCAACGUAAAGAAACAUGAAUGUCAAGGCCUAAAUACUGUCUUGUAAUUAUGUAAGUUGGUAGUACUCAAAUCUUUUUUUAAUUAACCAUAGACUUGAUUCAGAUAUUGGUCCGUUAUUGAUGUACUAAAUAAUAUUGCUGAUGUCACACUAUAGGUACUUAUAACUGAUGUAAACUUAACCUUUAGACCGCAUGAUGCGAUGUAUGGCAUCGCUAUGGAGACGCCAAUGUUAUAUACCGUAUUUUGGAGGAAAGUUUUUUUUCAUUUGACUUUUGAGUUGUGAAAAAAAAAUACUUAGAAGGUCUAAAUAUGUUGUAUGAAUGUAUGGUGUAGUUUAGCUUUCGAAUUUGCCGUGAUCUGAGAUAACAAAAUUUAUUUAUACAUGAUUAGCUUGGUAAUAAUGCUACUGUAUUGAAAAGAUUUUUGCAACUUUAAAGAACGUAAUCAGCGAUAUGAAAAAUCCCUAGCAAUACCAUUUUAUAUUUUUCACUUCCGUUCCCCACCGGCCUGACAUCGACUAAAGCCAGGUAAAAUCUAGAGCACUUCACGCAAUAUAAUAAACUCAAUUUAUAUACAAAUAUUACGGAAAAAAAUACCAUGUUUUUAAUGGAAAAACACCGGCGGUCUAAAGGUUAAUGACUGUUCUCUAAGUCGCGUAAUACUAUAUUCGAAACCACAUAUGUUUUAACUUAGUUUUAUCUUAUAUCUCUCUUUGAUCGAAAAACAGGAAGUACGUCUGUGUUGCCGAUCAUAGAAUUCUCUUUAUUCUCAGAAACGGUAUCACAAAAUUUAGAGAGAGAGAGAGAGAGAGAGAGAGAGAGAGAGAGAGAGAGAGAGAGAAAUCCGGCUUACUUAAUCGCGAAAAAUUUUCUAUUCAAAGGAAACUAUCAGGCGCACCUUGACCUUUAGCUGACUAAUUGCCCGCUCAUUAUCUGGCAAAAACCUAUUCCUCUGACACUCGUAAUUGGCGCGCGGACCAAACGUUUGAAUAUGCACGAACGGCUGGAUGGUAAUAAAGCUUUGAGGAAAAGAAAGAAACUUUGCAGAGAAGAAAGAUGAGCUCUCUCUCUCUCUCUCUCUCUCUCUCUCUCUCGUAGUCCACGUAUGAGGAAACAGGUACGCUUUUAAAAUAUUUUUUUGUAAUAGUUAUUUUUGCAGUAUACAGUUAUGCGAUACAGUUGUUACCUCUUGCUAGCAUCAUUAAAAUUAAGGUCGAGACUGUUUUAACAUACAUCUCAAUUAGUGCUUUUUUAUUAUGUGUGUAUGUGCGCGCGCGUUUAUAAUAAGAACUUUAAAUCUCACGCAUACCUCCAUAUCAAGUUUCAAUUACACUUGCAGUUUCUGGAAUCGCCUGAAUUUACUUCAAAAAUUUUACACUUAAAAAAAACCAACUUUUCCUUCGUUCUGCAAAUGUGGGAAUAAAAUCGCGCUGUAAUCAAAAUUACUUGCCGUGAAUUUUAAAGUGGCGCGAAAAAAAUGAGAGCCAUCACUAAUUAACGACUCUUUGAUUUAAUAUUACAAAUUAUUCUGUUACUUUGAAAUUUUGCGCAAUUUUGUUCUUACGUGUAACAACAUCUCUUGUAAAAAUAAAUUAAGUUUAAAGUUAAAUUGCAUACAUAUCUGUGUGUGUUUCAUUAUAA